AUGUCCAAAAAAUUCAUGAAUGACGGCAAUCACAACCUAUCGCCAGUAGUAUUAAUAUAAUUUGUAAUUUUAAUGUUAAAAAAUGCUAGUUAUAAUCGCAUAUAUUAACGAAAUUGUACCAAUUAGAUAGUGUUCCGGACAAAAAACAGUGGAAUUGGAUUAUUCUAUGACAAUAAAAUACUAAAUAAAUCGAAAUGGCUUCAAAAACAAACAAAGUGUCGCCUUCGUCGGGCAAAAUGUCGACCAGCCCAUUUCCCUACACGUGUGAGCUUUGCGGUGCGGAAGGCCUGACGGAUGAGGGCAUGAGAUCCCAUACUUUAGAAGCUCAUGUCAAUGGAAGACCAGAAUGCCCGUUUUGCGAUUGUGCGGUACCACAACCGCAGUUAGUGGGACAUGUUCAGAAGGCCCAUCUGCAUUAUUUGACUCCUGAGAGGGAGCUCAUGGCGUUUAUUGAUGACCAAAGCCCGAGUUUCGACGAAGACUCAAAAAUGACGACAACAGAUAGUUGUAGCUACAAUACGCCAGGGUCAAUAAAUGGGUGGCACAGUCCAGACAAUUCGACGCAGUAUCACAACGGAGCUAUUUCCAAAAACCUCAACUAUUAUAACGGGUACCAAGAAAAGGAGAGCUAUAGUAAGAGUGAGAAAGAAGAAGAAAAAUGUUCACGGUCUCCAAAAAAUAUUAAUCUUGUCAAUGGACUGAAAAAUAUCAAUAUUAGUAAUGGUGUGGUUCCUAAAAAGGCUCAAAGCAGACAAAAUUCUUAUGACGGUGAUGUCAAUGGAAUUGAUAGAAAAGGUGCGAUUUCUAGUCCAAGUCAUAAUAGUUCAGGUAGUUACGAGGGGUCACCAAAUAAAAAUAAGUUGUCAAUGGCUAGUGCCGGGCAAGGAUCACCUCUUAGGUCUCAAUUAGCUUUAAAAUUAAAACCUAAUACACCUAAAAAAAGUGCUCCUACACCAAGCCCUUCAGUACAGUGUCUCUUAUGUGAUUUCACGUCAACAUGUCCAAGAAAAUUAGAGGAACAUAUAAAUCGUGCUCACUUCGAUCUUACGUCGCCUUCGAUAAAUGCUAAUGCUAAUUCGAACAACCCGACGUUGGGGUUGACGAACCCCACGAUAACCCUGGACAAUCCGACGCUGGCUUUGAGCGCGAUGGCCAUGUCACCUGGGCCCCACAGUUCAUCAUACCAAUGCCCAAUUUGUGAGAGAGAAUUCGCACACGCCAACGAAAUUGAAGUCCAUGUAAAUGUAGAACAUCGAGACAUAUUGAGUCCACAGAAAGCCGACCAGGUGGACAAUGCGUCAUGCAACGAGGAUGUGGUGAUGAUGGAGGAGAGUCCGGUGAGCAACUGUCCGGUCUGCUGCCAGCCACUGCCGCUGUCACAACACGAGCUUAUCCAGCAUAUUGAGGAACACUUUGAGAGAGGAGAGGAGUGUGGAGCGACAUCUGGUCUAUCAGCAGCGGAGAGGGAGGCACAGAGAAAUAGAGAGGAACAUGAAUUCCAGUUGUUACGGGCACAAUACGGCAUGGAGGAAGACGAUGAAGAAGGCUACACUCACCGGGCAACGAACAGUCUCAAGCGAGCAGUGUACAGCGGAGCCCUGUCUGUAGCGGGAUACUACGAGCGCAGCCUCGGAUUACGCAGGGCUGCGGCCUCGGGAACUGAUACUGGCUCAUCAAGGACCACUGGCCUCUUAGAGAGGAUAGCUCAACUGAAUGCUCAGAACCCAAGCAUAGUGAAGACGUACCUGUGCAGUGCGGUGGACCACUACGCCAGCACUUACGGAGACAGGGGCUGGGGGUGUGGAUACAGGAACAUGCAAAUGGUGCUGUCGUCCCUGAUGCGGCACCCGCAGUACGUGUCCCUGCUGAGCGGCACCCUGGAGCGGGAGCGCGACUGCGACUGCGUGCCGUCCAUCCCGCGCCUGCAGCUGCUCGUCGAGCGCGCCUGGCAGCUCGGCUUCGAUACACAGGGUUCAGAACAGCUCGGCUCCAAGCUGUACAACACGCGGAAAUGGAUCGGUGCCUGCGAAGUGGUCACUGUGCUCUCCUCGCUCAGGAUAAGAUGUCAGCUAAUAGACUUCCACAAGCCGACGAGCGCGGACGGCAGCCACCCGGCCCUGUUCGACUGGGUGCUGCGCUACUUCCAGGACGACCCCUCCGGGUUCAAGGCGCCGCUCUAUCUGCAGCAUCAGGGUCAUUCACGGACUAUAAUAGGUUACGAGAAACACAAGGACGGCAAGGCGACUUUACUAGUGCUCGAUCCCUCACACUCACCCGCGCAAGUCCGUCAAGUAGUGUGCGGCGGGUCUGCGUCGUGUGCGGCGGCGCUGCGCCUGCUGCGGCGCGGGCCGGCCGCGCUGCGGGCCCGACAGUACCAGCUACUCGCCGUCAAAGGGGACAUCGCCGACGAUGCCGAGUAUGAGGCUAGUAAAGUCCUCCAAUCAGUCCGCAUCCCAUAGGACAGGUGAGCGGGGCUGGCCCCCACUCCACGCACACUACGUCACAGGUAGCUAACUAACUAACUAACUAACUACAUGAUAAUACGCCGCUCAACUUAAACUCUCUGCUUCAACUUGUAAUACUUAGUUAUUGUGUUUGGAACGAUGUUUGAUAUUGGAUAAAGUUGUUAAAUUAAUUAGUGAAUAAACAAUAUAGAAGAAUUGCUUUAUCGAAUUUCAAAUUAAUGGUAUACAAACCUAGGCGAGCAAUGGACACUUUUGAAUAGGUCCUCAAACCGUCACAGAGCUCACCCCCUAUGAAAAGUGAAAAGUACAUUGUAUAGCACGAUUACGUGCCGUAAUGUGCACCUCGACCUACCCCUUCGGGGAUAAAAGGCGUGACGUUACAGUCACAGAGCACAAUUUAACAUUAAUAUGAAUAAAAUUCAGAACGUGUCUUAUAUCUUUACCUUACCUGAUACAGUAAAAGUCGAGGUUUUUCUUUCAUCAAUAUUAAGCAACCGCUAAUUAUCAAAAAUUCAUAUAUAUGGAAAAAACACUAUAUUUAUACAAAAAUAAGUUCUUAUUACAUGGCACUUUGUUCAGUAUCAAACAUCGUCAUAGACCUUUAAAUAGAAUCAACCGACGACAUUAUCUUUGUAUUGUAUUCUACCUCAUUGCUAUCGUUUCGUCAAUUAUUAUUAUCAUUUCUGUCAAUUUGUUAACAUUAAUAGUCAAAUAAAUAGCUCUUACUAGUCAAAUAUCCGGAAUGCGUCAAUAUUUUAGUUAAAGAAAGUUAAAUUUUUAAUUAUUAUGUUAUCGGCUUAUUCACGUAACUGUUUGACGAGGAACUCG